GCCCCCUCAAAUCACCUCCUGAUUGCUUGUGUUCUUUCGGCGCCGGCUGCGCUGGCCAUUGCCAAGAUCAUGUACCCAGAAACGAAGGCCCCUCUGUCAGACGUCGACAUAAAUGGCGCUAUGAAAAUGAGUCCCUAUACAAACAUUAUUGAGGCAGCAACCCUUGGCGCCCUCGACGCCAUCCCCUUAUGCGCUGGCAUUGCUGCUAACCUAAUGGCUGCACUCAGCAUGUUCAGUCUCUUCAACAGCAUUCUCGUAUGGAUCGGUCGAAACAUUGGCAUACAAAGGGACCUCACCCUCGAGAUUAUGUUCUCUUACUUCUUCUGGCCACUGGCCUAUACCAUGGGUGUCCCGGCGAAAGACUGCGGCAAGGUGGCCGAACUUCUCGGUAUGAAGACCGUUCUGAGUGAAUUUGUUGCCUACAGACGUUUCGGUGAGUACUUUAUCUUCCUGUGUCUCCUAAAAAGUCUCCUUGAAGGUAACACGUUCACGUGUUGUUGA